GCGGGUAGGUCUCUUCGCUACCUACAUAGGUCGAGGAAAGAGGAAGCUUGUCUGGUCCUGGCAUCUCAGAGCUCUGGGCGAGGGCGGGGGUGAGUGUGUGAGGGUUGGUGGUUGGACGAAUAUCAACAACGGCAACGUCGGCGUCAGCAGGGCCGCGAAGCAAGAGAUGUUGAAAACUAGAAAGAAGCCAAAAACAUUACAAAUCAGUUUUUGUCGGUCCGUGCUCUCGUAAGGUCAGACCACCGCCACACUAUGUGUUUAAUAGGGAGGAUCCGCUUAGGACGACAACUUUGGGCUGCAUGCAAAAACUAAAAAUAAAUUUUGUUCGUUGUCAUUACUACAUAUUUAUAUGUCUGUGUACUCACAAAUGACUUAGCUGCCAGCAAGGAAAUCGUGCUUACAGACCGCAGGAUUCUUCUAGUCAGUCGGUAACAAGUAAGCGACGCCAAGUCCGAGUUUGUAGUUUGUCCCUUACCGCACAAUGUCCAGGGCUCACAUUCUCGAAUUCAGCGAGUGCAGCGAUCUGAUUACAGGUUACCAGAUUGCCACGCCUCUGCAAACUCAACCACUGAACAUGCUAAACUCCAGCACCUGUUCGCGAUCCGAUUUAGGAAAGUGCUCAGCGACCUCAUUAGUGUCUGCGGCGAACAGAUUUCCGCCCCAAUAUUCAGCCAUUUUCGUGGACAAUCAUCACCUCAACGGAAGCUCGGAAUCUGUAAACGUACAGUUACGCAGACAACUACCUGGACAGUUAUGUGAACAGCUGCUGACCGGCAAUGUUAGGACGACUUCCUACCUCCAGUACUGUCAAUCGCCACAAGUAAUGCACAGCUUGGGACUCGGACUUGUGCAUCAUGUGCCCAGGACGAUUUUUGACGUGGGCGUGCCACUGGCGGGAAACUCCGCACAUGUCGGUAACUACAUGACCAGUACCAGCAUUCAUUUACCUGUAGUAUCUGUGUCGAGUGGAGACCUUAGUAGGGAAAACGCUAUUCGGAAGUGUUUCCAACGUCCUUCCCUACCCUUUGUGAUUGGUAUUCUCGCUCUUGGUGGCGUGGCGUGCACUCUAGGCGGCAUUGUGCUGGGCAGCACAGGACUCAUAGAGCACUCCACUCAAUAUCUAAGCGCUGCUCUAUUGAUGAUUGGUAUCGGAGUUUCAUUAUUGGUGAUUUCGGGGGCCGUUUGGAGGCUGAGUUUGCCAGACAACGUCGACGAUUGUCUAUGUUUUAGGCAGACUGAAACUUGCGGUCAUUGUAAUAGUCCGCAUUGCCACAACCGAGUUCUUCCUGAAAGCUUUUUGCACACAGAAUUUCAGAAUCGACAGCCGCCGCCAUCCUAUCUAACAUCUCUUAACGAGUAUUCUUUGGUUUACCACCAUUCGACAGCUGCCAUCGUAGCUCACACCCCAUUACGAUUGAACACUCCUCCACCGCUGUAUAGUUCUACGUACUCUCUAAACACAUCAACUACGAUUGAUCCUUCUGAAGCAAAUUAUUUUUUGCGAACAAACGAGCUUAUUGCGGGUACCCAGGCGGCAGCCGUGUAUACCAGAGAGAAUGUCAGCGAUAUAUCAUAUAAGGAUAUAAUUAUCGAUGAAGCACCUACGGCUGAAUCUGCGGGUCAACUCUCCUAAAACUUAUGACACUAAGAAUUUUUUAAAGAGCUGGAACUUGACUUGAUCGUGUUUACCUUAAUUAAGCGAUUGAUCAUCGGUUAAACUAUUAUUUGUUAUUCUAAAACCAGAAUGAACGUUAUAGUCGAGUACCCCUACUAUAAGAUACCCGUUACUCAGCUUCUGAACUUAAAAACACGAAGAAACGCUAUAGUCAAGUGCCCCGACGAUAGGAUACCCGUUGUUAAACCAAUUUAAAAAUAAAUAUGCCCCGAGAAAACAAUCGAGUUUUACGUGGCGUAAUCUACCGUA